CAUAUAUUCAUGCACCGCAUCUCUGAAUCUCUCCUCUCUACAUGAGCAGUUUAUUUCAUCGUUCUUCUCUGUCCUCCCCAAUCCACCACGCCUUCUUCCUCCAGCUUCCAGCUGGAUUUACCUCCGCAGCUUCGAUAUCUCUCGUCGAUCGAUUCCCCCCCCCCCCCCCCUGCUGGUGGAAUCCAAUCCGAUGCGGCGGCCACCACCACCAUUGCCAGCCCAAGUGGCGGCUGGCCCGUGAGAGGUUGGCAGCGAGCUACACAUCACUGGGGGAAGCCUAGGGCGCAGUAUAUCUCGGAAUGUGCUGCCCCCCAGCACCCGCGGUGCGAUUCCCCCGCCGCCUAUAAAGCCACCGCCAUGGCCCCCCCUCCCAACCCCCACCAGAGCUAGCUAGCAGCUAGAUCGGUCUCGCUCGCUCCAUCGACGCCGACCAUGGUGAAGUUCUCCAAGCAGUUCGAGGGGCAGCUCGUCCCCGAGUGGAAGCAGGCCUUCGUCGACUACUGCCUGCUCAAAAAGGACCUCAAGAGGGUUGAGCACGCCCUGCUGCUCGGCCGGCAUGCCGCCGCCGCCGCCGACCGGUGUGACGCCGGCGGCGCACAGCCGGCGGCCGAGCGACACGCUGAACGUGCCUCCGUGUCGCAAUGGCUCUGCCGCCGGCUCCCGGCCGGUCUCUUCGGCUCCAACGCGCCCAAGGAUCACGGAGUCAUACACGUGCACCGGAAGCCGAUGGACGAGUACGAGACGGAGCUGCUCGCCGCCGCCGACGCCGACGCGGCCGCGGCGCGGGAGUUCUUCGCGCGGCUGGACGCGCAGCUCAACAAGGUGAACCGGUUCUACAGGGGCAAGGAGAAGGAGUUCCUGGAGCGGGGCCAGUCCCUGCGGAGGCAGAUGGACAUCCUCGCCGGCCUCAAGGCGGCCAGCAGGGAGGACAGCACCCCCUCCGUCUCCUCCGGCGGCUGCUCCGAGGAUGAGUCCACACGGUACGCGAUGACGUCAGCAGCAGACACGGACCAGCUGAACGAGCAAGAGACCACCACCACACCGACCAAGACCCCCGGCGGCACGGCUCACGAAGACCAUCAUCAGGAUCUAGAAGGUUCUGGAACCUUCGGGAGGCCGGAGCCGAAGAGCCUGGGGCGGUCGGCGAGCGGCUGCGGUAGGAAGAGCCUGAAGAUCAGCAUCCCGCCGACCAACCCCUCCCGGACGAUCGCGACGCUGACGGACAUCCUGCGGGACGAGCUCGCCGCCGCCCAGCCCGGCUCCAAGAAAUGCAGCAACCCCGACGGGAGCGCCGGCAGGCAGGGCGGCGUCAGCAAGACGAAGCUCCGGCGCGCGGAGAAGAUGAUCCGGGGCGCCUUCGUCGAGCUCUACAAGGGCCUCGGCUACCUCGCCACCUACCGGAACCUGAACAUGAUGGCGUUCGUGAAGAUCUUGAAGAAGUUCGAGAAGAUCACCGGGAAGCAGGCCCUCGCCGUGUACCUCAAGGUGGUGGAGAGCUCCUACUUCAACAGCUCUGAAGAGGCGCUGAAGCUGAUGGACGAGGUGGAGGACAUCUUCGUCCGGCACUUCGCCGGCGACAACCGCCGCAAGGCCAUGAAGUACCUCAAGCCGGCGCAGCGCGAGGAGUCGCACGCCGUCCCCUUCCUCACGGGGCUCGCGACCGGCUGCUUCGCGGCGCUCGUCGUGGGCUACUGCGUCACGUCGCGCACGGCGGGGCUGUACCUCUACACCGCGGCGGGAGGCGGCAGCGGCGAGUCGGCGCGCUACAUGGAGACGGCGUACCCGGUGCUGAGCAUGUUCGCGCUGCUGUUCCUGCACCUGCUCCUGUACGGCUGCAACAUGGUGGCGUGGCGCCGGUGCCGCGUCAACUACGGCUUCAUCUUCGGGUCGUCGCCUGCCGCCGGCGGGGAGGAGCUCCGGCCCCGGGACGUGUUCCUCGCCUGCGCCGCCUCCAUGGCCGCCGUCGCCGGCGUCAUGUUCGCGCACCUCGCGCUAGUGCUCAGGGGCUACCACGCGUCGCCGCACGCCCAGGCCAUCCCCGGAUUCUUGCUCCUGGCGUUCCUGCUCCUGCUGUUCUGCCCUCUCAACGUCGUGUACCGGUCGAGUCGGUUUCGGUUCCUCAGGAUUCUGAGGAACAUUGUCCUGUCGCCACUCUACAAGGUUGUGAUGGUAGACUUCUUCAUGGCCGAUCAGCUUUGCAGCCAGGUGCCUAUGCUAAGGAGCAUGGAGUACUUGGCCUGCUAUUACAUCAGUGGGAGCUACAGGACGCAGGAUCACGGCUUCUGCAUCAACACCAAGCACAUCAGAGACCUGGCCUACGCCGUCUCCUUCCUGCCCUACUACUGGAGAGCUAUGCAGUGCGCGAGGCGGUGGUUCGACGAGGGGGACACGAACCACCUGGUGAACCUGGGCAAGUACGUCUCGGCGAUGCUCGCCGCCGGCGCCAAGGUGGCGUACGAGAAGGACGAGAGCCUGGCGUCGCUGGCGCUGCUCGUCGCUGUGUCGAGCACCGCCACGGUGUACCAGCUCUACUGGGACUUCGUCAAGGACUGGGGCCUGCUCCAGCCCAACUCCAAGAACCCCUGGCUCAGGAACGACCUCAUCCUCAAGAGGAAAUACAUAUACUACCUGUCAAUGGGACUGAACCUCGUGCUCAGGCUUGCCUGGCUGCAGACCGUAAUCCAUCCAAAUUUUGGGAGCUUGGAUUCUAGGGUCACUUCGUUCCUCCUAGCAGCCCUCGAGGUGAUUCGGCGAGGGCACUGGAACUUUUACAGGUUGGAGAAUGAGCAUCUGAACAAUGCGGGCAAGUUUCGGGCGGUAAAUACGGUUCCACUGCCUUUCCACGAAGAGGACGAGGACUAAUGCACUACUGACCAUGACUAGAGACCAAACCGACUUGUUUCUUCAGCGUUCUGCUGGAUUUUUUUUUCAAAGUGAAGAAGAACUCAAGAGGUGGAGAACUGUUCAGAACCUUAGCUGUUUACGGCGUAGUUCCUCCAGGGAACGGCAUCUCUGUAUAACCCAAGAUUCUGAAAUCAUUUGUUCGUUCCUAGAUGCGUCAAGGUGUAAAUAAAGAAGAGCCGUCGCGUUUCGCUGUG